UCUUCGUCCGCUGCUGAGUUCGCCCGUUCGAGCAAGCAGGGGAGGGAGGGAGGCAGGGAGGCAGGAGUGAGCAGGAUGGUUGGAAUUCGGAGCCGGGGGGAUUGCGGUCGACGAGUGCAGGCCUCUGGGGCCUGGAAGGCAGCAGGUUGUUGAUGGUGUGUUUGUCGUUUGUAUUUUUUGUUGCCCGAUUUCGUUGGGGCUGCUCCAGGAGGCUGCGGGGGACGGAGGGAUUCCGGCAGCCAUUCGAGCUGAGGAGGUUCAUUAAUGGUUGUUUCGUUGGUGAAGUUGCAAUGGAAUGAGGCGGCUCGCGAGAAUGUCUCACGGGAGAAAGAAGCCGUCGUGCCUUUGAUGAGGAGAAUCCUGAUGCGCGAAAGAGGUUGAGGGUGGAUGUAGCCACCGCUGGUAUCGCGGUUGCUGGCCAUUCCGGACGAAUCCCGUUCACAGCAAUGGAAGGGAUUGGAUCUCGUGUUUGAUUGACGACGAGAGUUCCCACGCUUUUGAAGCUCAUUAGUUUGUCUGUUAGCAGUCUGCGGGAGUUCUUAGACAGACCAACUAUCGUGGGAAAAAAAUUGGUCUCGAGUUUGAAACCAGCCAUUGAAUCUUGUACAACGCAUUGGUGCAAUGCAUCGGUCAAUAUGGCUGGUUACGGGACGAUUAGGGUUUGGGUUAGGAGAAAUCAUGGGGCGAGUUCUCUCUGGGAGAGGCAUGUGCAUGGCUGUCGCCUUUGACGAUGAUUCAUUGAUGUGCACUUCUACCACCGGUGGAAACAAGAAAGUGCCCUUCUGGGUUCCCUUCACUGCGAGUCCAUCACAGGGCCCUCUCCUGCCAUCUUCUUUUAAGCAAGCAAAUUCGACGGCAGUGAAGAUCGACGGCAGGGCUAUCGCGUAUGACAUCAAAAUGACAUUGUCUAAGCAGGUGGCAUGGAUGAACGAAAAAGUGGGGACAGUUCCUGGUUUAGCAAUGGUUCGCGUUGGAGAUCGCAAGGAUUCAGAGCUGUAUGUACGAGUCAAAGAAGCCGCAUGCGACGAAGUGGGCAUCAAGUCAUAUGUCACUCAUCUUUCCGGGUCGGCUUCAGAAGACGACGUGCUCGAAGUGAUUCAGAGAUACAACCAGGAUUCGCGAGUGCAUGGCAUACUUGUACAGCUGCCUCUACCUAGCCAUAUUCAUACAGAUACUGUCCUAAAUGGUGUAAGCUUGGAGAAGGACGUGGAUGGGUUAAACCCUGUGAAUGUCGGUAGACUAGCCGGUCUCAGUAAUCUGGAUCCGACUUUUGUUCCAUGCACACCACUCGGUUGUCUAGAGCUUUUACUUCGUUAUGGAGUUGAUGUGGAGAAGAAGCAGGCAGUCGUUAUUGGAUGCAGCAAUGUUGUAGGAUUUCCUACCGCUAUUCUGUUACAGAAACAUAAAGCAUCAGUGACAAUUGUGCAAGUAGACACACCGAACCCAAUGGAAGCCACAAAGAACGCUGAUAUUGUUGUUUCGGCAACAGGAGUGCCUCAACUGGUUAGAGGUGAUUGGUUGAAACCAGGGGCAAUUGUAAUUGACGUGGGAACUACUGCUAUUGAGGAUCCCGAAAUGGAAUCAGGCUUCCGCGUGAUUGGAGACGUCUGUUUUGAGGAGGCAGAAAGGGUUGCAUCGGCUAUUACGCCCGUCCCUGGUGGAGUGGGUCCUAUGACAACUGCAAUGCUGCUCUCAAAUACUCUUAAGGCAGCUCAGAGAAGAUUCGGUCUUACAAGCAGAUAACAUAGUAGGUUGUGCUCUUGUUUUUCCUCCGUAUGUCGUAUGUCGCAUGUGUAUAAUCACAGAGGACUGGUGUAGCUUAAUUUAUUCAAUUUGAAAGAAAGUAGAAUACUUUAUCACGUAUAUUAUUGAACUUUUAUUAUGCGAAUGAAAAUUCUGCUGGGCUUCUGUGGCUGUACUCUCACUCUUGGAGAAGAGUAUACACAACAUUUCAAGCCUCCCUUGUAUUAGUAUCAACUUCAUCUUCAUAUCCUUGUAUUCAUAAUCAUGCGAGUUUUUCGGAUCUCCAAAAAAAGUCGAAAAGUUAAUCGAAGCAAACUAUUUCAUCU